AGAAUUCCCUAUCAUGAGUAAUUGCCACUCAAUCACGGCGCUACGUGGCCAGGGGUCCGCUUGACCGUGGCCGUGAAGUGAUUAUGGGGACGCACGCGGGACGACGCGUCAACAAGUAGCGCCGCGCGCUCCCGCGGCUCAGUGUCAGGACUGUGGCGGCCGGCGGGACACGCGCCCACACCUCGCGACUCGGAUCCGUGAUCCGACUGAGAAACAAACUUUAUUCAGAUUAGCCGAGAUACGCGACAGGUUAACAACUCGCGAAUAAUUCGCAACAGAUAUGAAUUUCUUAGUUCCGUUUUUCUCUGUGCCAAUCAGUGUUUGCGUUCCUCCUGUAAAAUGAGUUACGUGCGUUGUCAAGAUGAGAUCUAACUACCAUCAGCGGAUUCUGCACUCGUUGGUGUGUGAGUGUUGAAUUGUUGAUAGACAAGCCAUGGAGGGCGAGGAUGUGGUGUCGACGACGGAGGCCGGCGCGUACCGGUCUCCAACCCCGGAGCUGUAUGUGACUUACACCACCCUGGAGAUAAUAGUGGCUCUAGUGGCGGUGGUGGGGAACGCUAUGGUGAUCCAUGUCUUCAGGCGGGACCGCCGGCUGCGGCGGCGGACGAACUAUUACAUAGUGUCGCUGGCGUUAGCUGAUCUCCUGGUGGGUCUGCUGGGGAUCCCCUUUGCGAUCCUGGCGUCGGUGGGCCAGCCCAGGAACCUGCACGCGUGUCUGUUCACGGUGUCGCUGCUGGUGAUGCUCUGCACCAUCAGCAUCUUCUGCCUGGUGGCGGUGUCGGUGGACCGCUACUGGGCCAUCCUGCACCCCAUGUGCUACUCGAGGAAUGUACGCACGAGGACUGCUAUUGUAAUAAUCUCCAUAUGCUGGGUGGCGGGCGCGGGCGUGGGGUUCCUACCGCUGCUCGGCUGGCACGCGGCGGCCGGAGACCACCCCGACUGCUACUUCGUGGAGGUGAUGGACUACGACUACCUGCUGUUCCUGUACCUGGCCACCAUCAUCACGCCGAGCCUGCUGCUCGUGCUGUUUUAUGCGCAUAUCUACAGGGUGGUUGUUAAGCAGAUGAGCGAGGUGAUGACGGUGGAGAACGGGUCCGGUCGGGUCACCGGCGGCACCAUGCUGCGCGUGCUCGGCGCCGCGCAGAAGCGCGAGGUCAAGGCCACGCAGAACCUCGCCAUCAUCGUCUUCUUCUUCAUCAUCUGCUGGAUCCCACUCUACACCAUCAACGCCAUCAACGCCUUCCGCCCCGAACUAGACAUUCCGAACCUUCUCACCGACUUCUGCAUCAUCCUCUCACAUUUAAACUCGGCCAUCAACCCUCUGCUCUACGCCUACCAUUUGAAGGACUUCCGGAAUGCGUUGAAGAGGCUGAUCUGCUCGAUGUUUGGGAGAGGGGUCCCGAUGCCGGCGGCGUACCGGCCGCCGGCGCCGAUGCGGAGGACGGCGUUAGAGAGGUGCAACGCGCUGCGGGAGCGGCCCAAGGUGUACGUGAACUCGCCGGUGUGGAUGCGCCAGCGCGAGGCGGAGAUGGCGGCCGCGCGGGCUGCUCGCCCCCCCGCCCCCGCCGUGCCCGACGCCGAGCCCUUCCUGCCCCGGCCCGGCGCCGACGGCUCCAGCGGACGACACACCCCUGAAGGCCGAGACAACGAUCUCGGCCCGUACCUGAUCAAUACAAAGCAAGCGUGUCAAAGUCCGUAUAGGAAGGUCGAGGAGCUGCUAAGAAGGGUGCGGAGCGUCCAUUCAGACCAUAGCUGACACGAGCCUCGCCGGGAUAACCCGGCAUAUAGCGUACCUUGAAUUAUAAACCUCCAUGGAGAUUAAACCUCGUCAGGUCAUGAUGAGGAACAAUACCAAAGGCACUGCCUCGGCAGAUUAGAACAAUGUUUUCAAAGAUGUUAUAUUUUUAGACAUGACUUUAUUAAAGCUGGUCGCUUUUGUAGAUUUUGCUACCGAGUGGUAAUGUUGUUUCGCUGUAUAUAGAUAGGUAAAUAUUGUGUAUGUAAUGUAACAUAACGUAUUGCUAAUUUUAUUGUCAUUCGCUUCAUGUGACAGCAUUCAUGGUCAAUUACCUCAAUUACCUGUAAUGGCUUUGAAAUUAAAGUUGUGAAAAAAGGGAAA